GAGCCUUUGAUUGGCCGGACAGCGGAGCGCGCGCUUUGGAUCCUGCAGCGGAAAAGGAGUCAUUUCUUUUUAACAGAAACAAAAUUAAAUUCCUGUUAAUUUUAUUGUCAUUCGUGAAUAGGACAAGCUGCUGUGAUGAGUGACACUUUGCAAAAUAGUUUGUCCGAUAUUCCUGACUAUGAUCACUCGGAAGAUGAAAUCUUUCCACCUCUUCCUCCUCCAUCAUCCCCUGGACAAGUGGCAGAUGGUGGAGCUUCUGAUGGAGAUGAGGAAAACAGGCAGGAAGGAAAUCCAUCCAAAGAGCCUGUAGUUCUCAGGAAAGGUGUGAAAGGACCACGGCUUAAACUGGACGCUCAGCGAUUGACUUCGGAUCGAGGAUUGCCAGCUUUACGGAAUCUAUUCAAUAAUGUUCGGUUUAAAGGCAAAGGACACGAGAGUGAAGAUGUGAAGACCCUUCUUUGGCAAAUGGAGCAUUGGGCUCAUAGGCUGUACCCUAAAUUGCAAUUUGCAGAAUUUAUUGAAAAAGUGGAGGUCUUGGGUAGUAAAAAAGAAGUUCAGACUUGCUUGAAGAAAAUUCGACUCGAUAUCCCCAUUACACAUGAAGACUUUAUUUCCAAAGAAGUUGUUGAGAAUGAACUCCAAAUCGAGAACUUAGAAACUUCAUUCAGUCCAUUGCCUAGCAAAUCAGCUGCAGAACCUACUCCAAGCUCAAGCACACUCUCUGAGGAACAGCAUCUUAGGAUCGAAAGGAACAAGCAACUUGCGCUUCAGAGACGACAAGCAAAACUUGAGCCAACAAACCAGAUGUCUUCUAAUGAUCUGAGUGAUUCUCCGUUCUUGAGUCAGUCUGCUGAACUAAAUCAAGCCAAGAUAUUGAGAGAUCCUACUGACAGCUUUGAAGAUCUAGAUGCAGAAGAUAUGGAAGCUUUGAAAAAGACAACCAAAAUGGAAUCCUUUAAGUCAGUUCAGCAGCCGGAGUCUCCAACAGAAGGAGGUGUCUGUUUGGAAACUUCAGAACACUUAUCUGAGGUAACCAAAACAAUUGACUGUGCUGUAUCAAUACAUGAAUCUGAAACCACAAUUGAAGACAAUUUUUCCAAACCCAUUCCAGAAGCAACAACUGAUUCACAGAAUCUGCCCAUGGAACAGUUAACUUAAAUGAGAUGUCUCUGAACUGGUACAGGGAUUAGAAACUGCAACAUAAGUUGAUUAAAUAUAUUGUGUGAUAUCAAGAUUGGCCAGUGAUUACUAUUUGAGGUUUUGUUUUGAUGUGACAGUGGAAUGAUGGUCUAACAAACAUUAAGGCAAAAGUAAAGAAUUUGGCAAGAUUUGGUUGUAUAGUAGAAAAUAAUCAUUCCACAUUUUCAGUGGUGCAAUUGGUGUUUGGGAACACAACCUACUUCAUACCACAAGUUUGUGCGAAAUAUUUUUAUGUCUAUCUGCAUAACUAGUGUGGAUCGGAUAUAGAUGUCCCUUACUUUUGAUGCUAUUCUAACUCCAAUACAAAAAUCUAUUUGAUUGCAGUUGAUACUGAUAUAGGAGAAAGAAUCCUACUAAAGCUAGAGGAUCACUUUAAAAACUAUUCAACCUUUGCAGAUGUUGGGUAAUUCAAAAUACAGAGUCCAAGUUUGGGAGUAAAAUAUCCUUUUUGUUCUCCAUUGUAAGCUUUCAAAAGAAUUGGAAUGUUUGUUAAGGCCUAGUUAGAGCAAUUUAGUUUUCUGUCUUUGUACUGAGCUUAGAGAGAUCAGUCUUGGAUGUAUUUGGAAGAAAGAAAUUGUUACAAACUGGACUUAAGCACUAAUGAUGAGACUGUUGCCAAUAAAAGUUUUUAUUUUUAAACACACCUGAAAGGGAUAUAAAGACAAAUUCAACUUUAAUACUACUUAAUUUGUACCAAUCAUACUUGAAUAAAAAUUACAAUAUUUA